AUGUGGGGCUAUUUAGCGGUCCUUUUAUCCGAUUAUUUUACUGUCAAACAAAUCGCUAAACCCUUUGACCGACUAUUCGCCGGCCUAUGGCUUAUGAGAUAUGACACGAUUGAGAGCUACGAUGAUCUGCACACCAAAGACCAGUGGAAACACUUAAACAUAUAUCCGUUUGGCUUUGAAUUUAUAAAUCAUGCAUUUCUUGAUUUUACCGAUCGUAACGAUAUUGCCAUGAAAUUAGGCGACAGAAUUUGCAACUUCUCCAUAGGGAACGGCCAGUUGCACGGCAAAAGUGUUCCCUAUAGAGAGGGUUCCUCCAAGGGAGUAAUAAUAAUGGCGUUCAGUAAACAAAAGACAUUAACAGUUGUGAAGAUCUGUCUGGAAGUGCUGUAUGUGUUGGCAAUCAUUGGCUGCAUAAUAACGAUAGUGUUGUGCGGCAUAGCGUUGAGCGUUAGCGAUGACAGUCUUAAAGAACAUGAUCUUGAUAAAGAACAAGUGGUAGCCGUUUUGAUAAUCGUGGUGUUGUGGUUGGUAUUGUCGGUCAUUGGUUUAGUGGGUAUUAUCAAGGAGCACAAAAUCAUCGUGAUGGUUUUGCUGGUGCUGACCAUCAUUGGUAUUAUAGCAAACUUUGUCACCAAAGAGUUUGGACUGGGCGCCUGGGGUGUGGUGUGCGCUAUGUUGACAGCCGUGUAUUUGUACUUGAUCAUUUUAAGAGAAAGGGAUGGCUCAUAGACACAUGCAUUAAAUGGUUUGAG